UCACCAGGUGGCGCUUUCCAAUACACCAGCUGUUUUUUUUAUUUUUUUUUCACAAACAACAAUAUUACAAACGUGCUAAAAGUGUUAUAAUUAAAAAUUUAUUUAAUACACAAUUUGACAUAAAAUAUCACAAGGACAUUUAAAAAGGAUGUCAUAAAUUUUAUUACAGAGACAACGAAAGGAAUUGAUAACCUGACUCAAUAUAUUAAAAAAUUCAAAGAAAAUUAUUUAUUUAUUUAUACAUUGAAAAAUGAUCACUAAUACAAUUGACAGUACGGAUUAUUGCUACUUUCCAAUUUCAAAUCAAGAAGUGCAUUUAAGUAUUCAAACCUGUCACGAUGCAAGAAUAUCGCUGAGAACACAUUUAGGGGAUGAUUCUAAAGUUUACGAGAUUGUCCUUGGCGAACGAGAAAAUACAAUUUCGUCGAUAAAAGUAAAUAAUCAUGAAUCCAGUGUAUCAUUAGUCGAAACGAGAGAUAUUUUAAACGAAGAAGAAGAACGUUCCUUUUGGAUAAGAUGGAAAUGGUACAAUGGUGUAUUGUCCGUUGGCCAUGAGGGAUGCGAGGCCUUCAUGUCCUAUCGAGAUAAAGAUCCUUUUAUUAUAAAUUACAUUGGUAUCAGUACAGCUCACGGUGCAACAGGAAGUUGGGUACUCGACGGAAUACAGACACAGUGCUUGGAAAUACGACAGCAAUUGUUGGACACAAAUCAUUACUGGAUAAAUUACAAUGAAAAUUUGGGAAUGCCAAGGAAUGCAGUGACAGUAUCGGAAUGUGGAUCGUUUGUUGGCCGAGCGCAACAUGAAGGCUCUGUGACACCGGGCAAUAUUGAGGGCGAUAUUUGUACAUUGGCAUGGGGUGGAAGUGCACAGAAUAAAUCAAAUUUUCAAGUAUUGUGCGGAAAAACGGUAAAUUGGAUUAAAUCGUGGGACGGUAGUGUUCCAUUAAAUGCACUACCUGGAGGCGAAACAGAAGACAAUUAUCCACUAUUUAUUGGUAGAGUUUUUAUCGACGGUAUGUAUUAUGCUGGCAAAAUACAACCAAAUCAUCAAGUUUGUUAUAUACCACACUGUGGUAUUGAAAAGGCUUUCAAGGAAUAUGAAACGUUAGUUGUCAAUUGCUAUCCAAAUGUCGAAUGGGUCGGUAGGUGAAAAUGUAUUUUUUUUUUCGUAAAUUAAUCAUUUUUCGUCCUCCAAACAAAAUAUGUAUAUUCCUUUUUUGAAAUUAUAAGUGUCUGAAUAAUUGUUUAUUCGCUCAAGAAAAACAAAAGAGAAUAUAUUAUUAAUUUUAUAUUUAUUGUGUCAUAUGUAUAAAAAAUAUUUGGAACAGUUGAAUUGUAAAUAAUUGUUGAACAAUGAAAAUAUUGUAUAAAGGGGAAUAAUGAGCGAUUACCUCAGAAAGACACCUAAUAUUAUGUACUAUAAUAAGAUUCUUUUAUCUCAGGAAAAAUAUGAAUGUUGUAAAAAUGUAAUAUUGCUGUAUUAAAUAUUUAUUUGUUAUUAAUUUUCAAGAUCUUUAAUUGUUUUGUCAUUUCUAAUUGUACAAAAUAAAACAACUUAGUCUUGUAAA